AUGGAAGCAAACGACCAGAAUGGAAGUUGUUCUAGUAAGAAAAUAGCUAUGCUCGACGAUUUAGGAAACAUUCCAAAAAAUCAAACUGGACUUACAAUUCUAGAGGAAAAAGUUCAAUAUCUUAUCAAAAAUUUAACUUUACCGAAAAAUUUAUACAACUUAAAGCUACUUUUUGAAGAUUCGCAAAAUGAAUUUUCACCUCAAAUCUUAAUAAAUUCAUUAGUUACUUUAUCCGACCCCAAUCCAUUCAAUUUUUAUUCAAAAGAUAGUGUAGCCAGGUUAGAAUUACAUAUACGUACAUGGGUAAUUGUUUUAGAAAGGAUAUGUUUCUACCCAAUACGUCUUAGUAGAGAACUUCGUGAAAAUGUUUAUAAUUCAUUGGCAAAAUUUGCAGAAAUACAUCGAAAGACAACACAAGUGGUAGAAGAUGGUUUAGAAAACGUUUUUAAGCCUAAAUCUAAUCAAUUUUCUCAACAAAAAUAUUUGGAUCAAAAUGAAAAUACAGUUAGAAAAAGAAAUUAUAAUAUUGAUUUUUUGUUAAUUCAUUUGCGUGAUACAUUACAUAGUUUACGUGAUGAUGAAACUUGGUUCCAAGAAUUAAUACGAAGAGUAAAAGACAUACUUAAAGCUGCCAUAGGUGUAACUCCGGGAAUUUUAUCAAAGGUUGCAUCCGGAGUUCCUUGUCCUAAUGAUAGUAGUUCGAUAUUAACAAUGGUUACACAAUUACGCCAAGGCUUAUGUUUUAAACAUCCAAUAGCACGUUAUUAUUUUGAUUGGAGGACUUUGUUAAUAAUUCAACAUGAUAUUGAUAAGAUAAUUAGUAAAAAAUUUGGAGAAAAGAUCAUAAUGGAAUAUCUUUGGAAUUAUUUAGAAGAAGAACAGAAUAGUGUUGAUCAAACUUUUUUAGACUCUCAAAUAAAAUUUGAUGAAAUAUCGAGUAAAAUUUUUAAGGCAUUAAAAAUUACUGGAGGUUUAUUAAAUGAUCUUGCUGGGAAUGAACCUCUUGCUUUACCUCAUACUUUAUGGUUCGGAAUAUUGGAUCUUGCGCAUAAUCUUAUCAAAAAAUCUAAUCAGACGGGUACACAUGGGCUUUGCUAUUAUUUAGCAAUUAAAUCAUUUCACGAUUCGCCUAGUAGUUUCAUUCAAUUUAAAGCAAUUGAGAUUUUAAUACACUUAUACAAUAUUAAUAAUGAAAUAUUUUCGAUUAUAGAAGCUGAUUUUGAUCAAUAUUCUCAAAAUCUAAGUGAAAAUGCUUCAACUGAUUCUUUAGAAAGGUUUAAAAGCUUAUUAAAAUUUACUAAAGAGAAAUUCAAAGAAGAUCUUAAAAUUAUAAAUGAUGAUAUUGGAAAAGGAAAGGGAAAAGUCAAAUUAAAAUCUUCAGAUCAAAGUGUAUAUUUAAAAGAUGAGCACAUUUCCAACUCGAGCAAUGUUUUAGAUGUUAUUGCAGAUGAGAUGACUUGUUCAAUUGGACACGAACCAACUAAUCAAAUAUGCGUUUUAAAGUGUCAACAUAUAUUGUCAUUGAGUAAUUUCAAUAAGUUAAAGCAAAGUAAAUGUCCUGAAUGUCGAGAAAUUAUUAAAGAUAACGAAGUCAGAUAUUUAUCACAAAAUGCUAUUUAUAGGAACUUAUAUCCACAUUUUCAUGAAGCUGGAUAUAAUUUGACAUCAAUGGAAACAGAAAAUUUAGAGACUCAUAAUUGUGAUUCUAGUGAUUCUAGUGAUUCUGAUGAUUUUAUAUUGGCUAAAAAAGCGAAUAUUAACAAAAUAUUUAAAAUUAGUACAAACAUAUCAUUACGAUCAAUCUUUCAAAUUAGAUUAUCAAAAAAACAAUAUCCAGCAUAUCAAAAUGCCAUGAAAGAGCUAACCGAAAAAAGUUACGAAAAAGCUGAAUAUUGGUGUAAAGAAUUUUUAAAAGAUUUUCCAAAAAGUUAUUCUAUGAGAUGUAUUUUGGCAUAUACUUAUAGAAUUCUCAACAAUUAUGAACAAGCAUGUUUUUAUUUAAAUGAAGCUAUUAACUUAAAUGAAAGAAAUUUAAUUGCUUGGUGCAUUCGUGGAGAAAUACAUUACAGACAAAAAAAUUAUGAUGAUGUAAUAAAUGACUUGAAUUCUUUAAUUAAAAUUGAUAAAACAAAAAUAAAGAAUUUAAAUAUCAUACUCGGAAACAGUUACCUUUUCCAAGGAAUAAAAGAUCAAGAAAGAGGUUAUAAUUCAAUAUAUAAUUAUAACUAUGCAUUGGAAAGUUUUAAUAUUGCAUUAAAGCAUGAUCCAUAUAAUUAUCUAUGCCUUAAGCAUAGUGCAUUUAUUUAUGAGGAGCAAGAAAACUUUUCGAGUGCUUUAGAAAUGUUGAGUAUAUUAUUAAAAAUUAGUUAUCAGGAUUCUCUAAUUUUAUGUUAUUAUGGUGAAAUACUUGUAAAAUUAGGCAUAUAUGAUGAAGCUAUAAAAUAUUUUACAAACGCACUUAAGAUCGACCCUGAAAAUGUUCAUAUUUUAAAUAAGAAUCGAUUAUAUUCAAAUGAAUUAAAGAAUUAUAUGACUAAUUAUAAUUUAGAUACAAUUACAUUAUCACUUUUUAUCAAAUGUAAAUUAUCUAUUGAAAAAGAAGAUUAUGAUAAAGCAUUAUUACUUUUUAAUGAGUUAUGGGAAAUGUCUGAAGAAAAUAUCUUUGUUAUAAAAGUAUUUCGACAAUAUAACAAGUUUUGGGUAUACUUAUAUAAUCAUUAUUAUAAACCCAAUUUAUUAAGUACAUAUUUAUUAGCGGAUUCGUUCAAAAAUUUCUUAUUUGAAGAAAAAAGGAUUUGCUUUUUAUCGAACUAUAAACAUUCAAUAAUUUCAGAAGACGGUUUAUCGGGAUACAUAUUGAAUGGCAAGGAUAUAAAGACAUUUACUUUACCUAAAAUUAUUACCGCAAUUUGGGAAAAUUCUCAAUACUAUGUUAUCUGGAGAUUGUGUAUCAACGAAGUAUUCGAAUUUUGUUAUGUGAACUUUGGCAUGGUUACAGGAGAUAAAGCGUAUAUAUGGUCCGAUAAUGAGCAUACUCUAAAAUACGAAGAUUUGAAGAAACUUGUUGGAUUAGGUUGGAUUGAAUAUACGCUUCCAUUUGUAAUAGAAAAUGACACUUCUAUAGAUUAUUUUGAACCAUCAAUUGAAAUUAAUAAUUCUUCUAAUGAUAUUUUAGUAGAUUAUUUCCGAUUUACCAAAUUUAAAAGAGAAACUAUUCGUUUAUCACAUAUGGUCGACUCCUUGCCAAAAUAUGAUUCAGAACUAUCCAUCCCCAAAGUAUUUAAUGAUAAAUACUUUACAUCAGAAGUGGAAAAUUUGAUUGAAUUAAAAGACCUUAUAACUUAA